AAUUAGGUGAAUUAGGCGGUCGUUUGUUAUUUGAUGAGUUAGGACAAAUAUAUAAAAAGCUAGAUUCUUAUAGUGAAGAACAAAAGUCUAGUUUUCCUAGAGGACUUAAAAGGCUUCCAAUCUUUUUAAACGGUACUGAUCCUUUUGAUUCACAAAGUUGGGUUACGGCUACAAACCUUGAUUUAAGUCUUGAAAGGGAUUUCAACAUUAAAAGAAGAGCAGUUGCCAAAUAUCUCACGGAAUAUCAAAAUCUUUUAGAAUUAGCUGGUGUGAAUUCUCCCGAUAUCCCUGUUUGGCACAAGCCUGAACCUAAAGAAGAAAAUGCUAGUAAAUUAUCAAAGUCUAUGAUAGAAUCUUUGAAUGAUGGAAAUAAAACACCAUUUAAUAAUGUCUUAUUUUAUAUUAAUGGUGAAAAUAUUUUUGCAAAUUCAUCAAUAUUAAUUUGUGCUGCCCCAUAUUUUAAAGAAAUAUUUUUUGAAGAUUUAUCAAACGUUUAUAAUCAAGAAUAUGAAGAUAUUGAACCGGAUUCAUUUCGUAUAUUGUUAAGAUGGUUGUAUGGAGAGCCAUUAUCUCAAGCUAUAGAAAAUAAUGGAAAGAAAUAUGAUGAUGGAAAUUUUCAAAUUUAUCAAGAUUUUUUGAUAGCUUCUAAAAAAUUUAAUAUUGAAUCAAUUAAAGAGCUGAUUGAAUAUAAAUUGGUUAUGUAUAUUAAUGAGGAUUUAAUUGAUGAUAAUUUAGAUAAAGUUAAAGAAUUGGCAGAGGAAUAUGGUUUAGAAGAUCUUCUUGAAUUUUGCGAAAAGAUUGAAAAAAUAAUGAGGGAUUAUGAUGAAGAGACAGAUAAUGAGUCUCUAGAAGAUAUAAGUGAAAAUAGUAAUAGUGCAACAAACAGUAACUCGACUAAUAAUGUACCGAAUAGGCGUUCUAUUAUAAAUAGUUUAAGGAUUAGGUUUAGCAAACACCUUCUGUCAAAAACAGAUACAGAGCGUAGAUUUGGGUCUUAA